UUCCUCAAACAACUCCCCCACUUUGCGUUCGACAGUCCGCGUACGCGUCCGCGUUCCCCGUGGCCGGUAGGCGGCCGACCGGGCGUACGUGGGCCCUCUAGUGUAGCUGCACACAUGCACGCGACAGCAUCUGACCGCCGUACCAGCCGCCGCAGCCGUAGCUGCCACCGCCGUAGCUCGUCGCGGAUGCUCGUGUUCCUGCGAUAACGAUACUUUGCUCUUUCCACCGAUCUCGCACCGCGAACACCUCGAGGAACGAUCGAGGGGAAAGCUGAAUCGCGCUGUGUAUGUGAAACUUAUGACGAAACGGUACCGCACGUGUGGAACGCGGAACCACGGGAAAUAUUCGGCAGCUUCAAAUGUGACACAGUGAUAUCGUGACAGUUUGCAAUGGAAUCGAAAGGAUUUUGAGAGAGAUUUACGAUCGAACAUGCUCGCGUACGUUCUGCUGGAGAGCAUCGAAACUGUUCGCGAGUUCACUGAUGGGUGACGCUGUGUCUGACACGUUGAUGACAGGUCAGAGGGACAGUAGGAUUUUUGAAUAUUCGCGGGCUGCAAGGUGCAUGAUUCUACGCGGUGAAAAACGCGUGGACCAAUCGUCUAUAGAACAGCUGACAGUUGGCGCUGGUGGCAAUUAGAGAAAUCGCCGCGAAGUGUUUGGCAGUCGGAUUCGAUGACAGGUGAAUUGCACGGGAAGCGGAGGCAGGAACUAUGCGAUAAUAACGACCAUACGUGUUUGUCACGCUGUUCCGUUUAAUAACUAUAUCUAUCGCGAAGUGUUCGUGUAAUGGACGCGACUGAUAAAUUUAUGUAACGAGUGACUGCAGAGCCGGUGACCGUGCGAGACUGGGAUACGUUCGGAACGUGUCGGAGGAACAUAUCUGUGCUUAUCAGUGUAGUGUUUCUUUAGGAAUAUACUGUGAUAUCGAAGGAUAAUAAACAUCCACAGGAUAUUUUAUAUUUGUAAAGACGUUUCUCCUUUGUGACAUUAAUAAUAUAAAUGUCGAAGAAGCAAAGAUACAUCGAAUGAACCUACUCUGUCUGGAGUGAAACUAUUGGUUUUGCAAGUGUAACGCGAUACUAGUGAUAAACAAGAUCGACGCAUCUGAUCAACAAUAAAAUAGGACGUCUAAUAGUACAAGAGGAGGAAGAAUAGCGAAACUUGUCCGAUAAAGAGAGCCAGCAGGUGACCACGUUGGAUCUCGCGGCGUUGGCUGCUUACGGGGGCGUUUCGGGACCCAGGGUCGCGGUGGCGGGCACCGGGGUCCUCGCGCUACCCGGCCUGAUACCCGAUAAGGGUUUAUCAUCGCCCGGAGGACAGUCGAAAACAAAGUCCGCAGGGCUGGCGGGUCUCGACAGCGAGGCGGUGCGCCGGUGGGUCGCCGAGGCCGCGCGGACCGUCCGGCAAAUUCCGCCUCCGGUUGUCGUACCAUCUAGUUCGCAACAACAACAGCAGCAGCAGCAGCAACAACAUCAACAACAGCAGUCGGUUCAACAUCAGCAGCAUAGACAGCAACAUCAUCAUUCCAUCCAUCGACAGCGUCAAGAGUCGAGCCCGCCCUCGGUGGCCGCUUCCUCUUUCGUUUUGCCGUCGUCCAUGACGCAGACCCCCAGCAUGCAUCUGCUGGAGAACAAUAACCUGGUGGAGGUUGCGAUGGUUCAACAGCAACAACAGUCUCAACAACAGAUGCAGAUGCAGCCACAGAAGCAAAAGCAGACCAGCCCGACGAAUAACAACACCAUCGAGGCUUGGAGAUCCAUUCAAGGUGGUCACCAGUGGUGGAGUCCGCCAAGUACCGUUCAUCAAGAGCAACAGCAGCAACAGCAAGUGUCACCUCUCGGUCAGCAAGUCCCUCAGUCGCAGAGUCUGGUUGCUGGCACGGUAUGCGGUCAAGUACAAAGACAGUCGCAGAUUCAAUCGGAAAUCGAUCAGCCUUUGGACUUUUCGGUGGGUUCCCUUCAACAACAGAGGCUACAUUCUCGCGUAAGGACUAUACACGAGAGACUGCAGAGUAGGAUGCACGACAAUAAUAACGGUACAGCCGGUAGCGGACAGAAGAUCGUCAGAGGGACUGGCAGCAGGAGAAGUUUCAGUCCCAGUGAUGGUAGCAGCAGCAGCAGCGAGGACGAAGGGGUCUCCACCGGCGGGAGUCCUUCUGGCCCCCUUCGAGGCACCGAAAACGACUCGUGCGAGCAGCCGGUUGCGGAUCGACCUUACGGUAAAGUGUGGAUAGGCGAUAACGAGGUCACGUGGCGGACCGAACAGUCUUUCAAGAGGACCUCACCCUUAAAUCCUUGUACCACCACGACUACCACGACAACGACAGGUGGCGGAGCACCGGCACACCCCCACCUGUCACCACCUAUUGCCGCCCCCGUAACCACUCCCGAUCACAGAAGUCCCAGCAGUCUGCACGUGAAACUCGGUAUUUCUCCUGCCAGCGACGCGCUCGGCCGAAUCGAUAAGGAGCCAGCCUCGCCGGAAUCCAUACAAGAUGCAGACCUUCAUGGUGAGGUGGAUGGACCCGAUCUCAGUGGUGACGAUAGGAGUAUCACCAGUGAUAUUCAAGAUGCCACUGAGGCGAAUCUCGAUCACGAUUCCAUGGACUCGGAUAGGGAAGCUCUCAACCUGGUCACAGACGUGUCGCACCGCAACAGCAGCAGCGGAACCAGCGGCAGCGCCUCCUCGCCUAGUUCCGGGGUGAGCAGCCAGAUAACCGGAAGUCAUCAACAACAGCAGCACACGGCAGGACAGCAGAACAGCAGCAACUCGCAAGCUGCCCUGGCUGCUCAACUAGUCAGCCAGCAAUUGCUGAUGCAUGGACCUCUUGGUGCUCUCGGGCCACAGGAGAUUCAGGCAUUGGCUUCGACGUUCCAACAACAACAACAUUCGCUGCAGCAACAGUUGCAGCAGUUGGCAAUGUUUCAGCAAGCCAACUCUGCUGCAGCGGGCCAGCUUCCGGCGCAGGCACAGUUCUUCUUACAGAACCAGGGGCUGUUGCAGAGCGGUGGCUACUCCUCAAGAUCCAGUCAUCCGCGCUCACAGUCCAUGCAGGUGCAGCAGGCGGUAGCGCAGGCAGCGCAGCAACUACAAGCUUUACAAAAGCAGCAGGCUCUUCAGGGUAGCGGAGGCCUAGUUGGUCGAAGUUUAGGGCAACAAAGGUCACCACCGCCACCUGGCACGCCUCCAGCGGUGAAACCACCGCCCCCGAGGCUUGAACCAUCGCCGGAAGAGACUACGGACCUCGAGGAACUGGAACAGUUCGCCAAGACCUUCAAACAGAGGCGGAUCAAACUCGGCUUCACCCAAGGCGACGUUGGCCUAGCUAUGGGCAAACUUUAUGGCAACGAUUUCUCUCAGACGACGAUCUCCAGGUUCGAAGCAUUAAAUCUUUCUUUCAAGAACAUGUGCAAACUGAAACCCCUCCUACAAAAAUGGUUGGAAGACGCGGAUAAUUCGUUGAACAACCCGAAUUCUCUUUCGAAUCCACUUACUACACCGGAAGCCAUCGGCAGGCGGCGGAAGAAGAGAACAUCGAUAGAAACUAGCGUGAGAGUUGCUCUGGAGAAAGCGUUCGUACAGAACCCGAAACCUACUUCUGAAGAAAUUACCGUAUUAGCAGACACUUUAGCCAUGGAGAAGGAAGUUGUUCGGGUGUGGUUUUGCAAUAGACGACAAAAAGAAAAAAGGAUCAAUCCGCCAACAGCAGCAAUGGGCAGUCCAACAAUGGCGUCUCCAGCACCAUCAGUCUUCGCAUCACUAGCAAGUUCCAUGUCUGGUAGUCCUCUAGCUCUCACGACGCACUCUUCAGGCAUGGGACACUCUCACCCUCACCCCACACCCCUCGGUUCACCACUACCCUUGGCUCUGGUGGCUUCAGCAGGUGGAAACUAUCACCCACUGAGUGGCAAAUCCCACGAGUGACACCAACAGCCCACCCAUCAAGGGGAUGCGCUUUUCCAUCAACAUCAUCAACAGCCAUCACAUCAACAACAACAACAACAACGACGUUUGUGCAAUCUACCUGAAUUUUAUCACUAAUCCGUCAGCUGGUCCGUCGUUGGCGAUGAUUCAAUGACUAUCUAGCGAACGCCCGUCGGCGGAUUUCGUUACCAAAGGGAAUUUGACGCGAUGGAACCAAUAGGAUCAGGGAAUGGAGCAGAGAUUUUGGACUGCUAGCUGACUUCACGAUACGAUUCGAAACAUAUCCUGGUGUCGAGAGAUUUCAUUUGGAAGAGAUUAUGUCAGAAGUGGAUGCAAUCUUUAAUUAUGGUUAUGAUUAAUCAAUUUCAAUCAAAAUCAAUGAUCAAUCAAGGGAAGAGGAUGAUCGGAGGAGGAAUUAUCAAGGUAUAUCUAUCUCAUAAAGAGUAUACGAGUAACAGAGAGGCAUUAUGGAAAGGCAUCAAACAUGGUACGCCACAAAGAGACUCUUAGGUAAAAACUUAAACUUCAAGAAAUGCAGUGUAUCGUCCAAAGACAUCGAUUUAUCGAACAUCGUGUUUCGUUGAACGUUUCGUAUUUUUCUCACAGUAUUAUAUUUAUCGGCUGAAUUAUUCGGUUGGAAGCGUUGAUUGUAGUGAUGAUGAUGUCACGCGGAACGAAGUCUUCAAAGCUUAUGUGAUUAUUAUACAUUGUAUAUAAAAAUAAUGCAAUUUUUCCAACUUGAAAUAUGCAUUUAUUUCAUUUGAAAAAAUUGAAGAAACGAUGAUACAAAUUACAGACUAAAUUUGAAUUCAAUCAAAAUUCAAAAUGGCUUUGAGGUCUUCAUUCCCGCAUAGCAAAUAGUGCAGGAUCGUUGCCGCCAUUCGACAUUUAUUUACAAGAUGUAAUUAACGACGCGAAUAUAACCGGCCGCGAACCGUCAUAAAACAGUACCUUAAUCGGUUUCUGCAGUUUCUCAUUUGAAUUAUCAUGAAAUAUUUAUCAUGGGGGGAAUCGUUCGACGAUACCUGUAAUUAUCGACUGGUUUUCCUCUGCGUCCUUCGAGUUUCCUUUUGCCCAUCGGGCGAUUCAACGUCGUUUCGAUCACGCACUACAUUUCGUGCGUGCUGUUUCACGAUCUCGAAGAAUCCGAGAAUUAAACUUUUCGAAAUCGUGAAGCCACCGAAGAAAGAUGGAGUAGUGGAAUAUUUAAAUUUUUCACGAGCAUUCGUCCAACGAAUCACGACGGAACACACGAUCGAGAUUACAACGAACAACCAGAGAACACAUGGAUCGGACGUGUUAAAUCUUCCUGCCGUUUUGCUGAAUUCAUGGUGUCGCGAUCGACGGUUCCUUCGAAGAGGGCGAACACUUUUUACAAGUACUCGCCUCUUCGUGGUAAGCAGGGUUUACGUGCCACUUACAAGGGAGUCUCCAAUUUCUCAAGAGAGAAAGUUCGUCUAUUACUAAAGAAAAGAAGCACCAAGUUCGUGGAAACUGGAAUGUUCACUGCCACUGAGAAAUAAUACAAAAUGGUAGAUUCUAAUUUCUUCUAAUGAAAAUCAACGAUUAAUCGACAGUUUGGAUUUUACGAAAACAACCACUCGCUUAAUUUCAUCAAGUAAAAGAAAUAUUAUACAAUUCAGAUGAGCUUUUGAUCUUCAAGUUUCAAGUUCCCUUUGAGGUGGUGAACAUGCGGCGAAGUCCGACAAUACGAUUGUACAUUAUUACGCAUACGCGUGCGUGUCUGUCUUCAUACAUAUCUGUGUCAUAAAUUUGUAUAUGUAGGCAAAAAGAAAAAAAAAAAGAAAAGAUAAGAUACAAAGAAACGUGCGGGCCUAAUAAUACCGUAAAAACAAAGAGUGGAAGAAAAUAUGGCUCGUAUAUCGUCAUCGACAAAGUCCUCACUCGCGUCUUGGUCGAUUGAUUUUCAACGAAUUGUAAUUACUCAAGCCAAAGUAUCUUCUAAUUAAAGUAAAAGAAGGUAACGAAAGUUACAUUUCCGAGAGGGUGAAAAUGGAUGGCAUGCUCAUAUUCUCUGUUUUUUAGACAGACACGAGGUUUAGCAGUUGUAGAUACGUCUGUACCUGUACAUACGGCAUAUAUAGACAGGCUACUUGGGAAUUAUUCCACAUAUGUAGCUCGUAUACGUUUGCGCCAGUCGAUUGAAUACGCUCGUGGUCCGAGAGUUCGCGUUGACGCCGUGUUUUGAAACCGAGAAAUCGGUUACGAGGCUGAUGGCAUUUAUUAGAAGCGCGAAUUCUGAUCUUGGAGCGCACAGAUCGAUUCUUCCAGGUGGUAAGCACCCGGUGACUAGUUAAAGGCUAUGAUCUUGUACAACCAAGGUGACGGAAACAGUGUUUGAAGAGAUUUACAUACAUGUAGAAGUUUGUGCUAGGAAUUGUCCAUAUACAUAUAUAUACAUAUAUAUAUAUAUAUACAUAUAUAUAUAUAUAUAUAUAUAUAUA